GGUAACAGCGCUGGCCGCACGCGCGUGCUGCUUUUGCCUUUUAAUUUGUAAAAAAAAAAAACAAAAAUCGCGGUUUCAAUUUGACAUUUAAUUCGUUUAUUUUAAUUAAUUGUUUUGUGUUUGUGAUGUGUGUUUGUUUUUAUAUUUUAUUUUAACUAUAUAUUGGCGAAUAAGGAAGUGACAUAAUGUUUCAAUACGAAUACGAGAAGCGUCCUCCAUCUUCUACUUCGUGUGACAGUCGGGCAACUAUGACAACAUCAUGGGGGGCUUAUACUACGGGAACUACGCCCCCUAUGGUCAACGAUCGUGCACGUAGACCACUCCCACCGAGACCAGUGUGCGACAGAAUACCCACGAAAACUAGUGUACCGCUAAAGGUUUGGAUAAUCGCGAGCGCGUCCUGCUUCGCUGUUUGUGCUGCGCUUGUUCUCGCAACUGUUGUUAUAACUAAAUGGGGUGCGACAGAGACGUACAAUACUCACCAAGUAUAUGAAGCACCGGAACCUGUAUAUUCAAAUCCAAGUUCUGAUCCAAGAAAAACUAUUAUAAAAACAACAACCGAUGACAUACAUACAACAACAGAACUAGACAAUGAAAUCCACGAUCCAAUAAUUCAAAAAUUAUCAAUAUUCAAAAACAUAAUAUCAAAUAGAGAUAAUAAAAAAACAACGAGUCUCGUAUCGAAACCGCAAUUACAUCCAAUACACGAUACAUCGUUACAUCACGCCGAAAAGAAAAUAGAAAAGAAAGACCAAGCGAAAUAUACACAGCAAAUGCUACCGGAAUUCAUACCAAAACUACCGGAAAUCGAUAAUAGACAAACUUUAAUAGGAUAUAGAAGAUAUGAGACAGAUUAUGAAGAAUAUUUUAACGAUGACAAUCUAUACGAAGAUUAUAUGGAAAGUAACACAAUGACAAAUUAUUUAAUAGAAAAAGUUCAAGAACUCCACGAUUGGAUUACUUCUGAUCCAGAUUUUGAUGUAAAUGUUACGAAAAAGAGAGAAUCUAAUAAUCAUUUUGGACAAGUUUUGAAAGCAUUAAAUGAUAGUAUUGUUGAAGGAAAUAUAUCUAAAAUUAUGAGUAAAUUAAAAGAAAUAUAUUUAAGUGAUAAUAAAACUCAAGUUAAUAAGAAAGUUAUUUUAAGUAAUAGUACAGAUUUACUUUCGUUCGGUAUUUUAACUUUAGAUGUUAUGUUAUUGCAUAAUAUACAAUUAAUGGCUUGGGAAAAUCAGGAAGCUGCAAGAGUAAAAAUGUUGAAAGACCCCGAAGUGUUUGCGUUCAACGCAUUAUUUUUAGAACCAGGGAAAGUGGAAGCGAAGAAAAAUGAAAUUUACCAGCAGGAAAUGAUAGCGAAACGACAAAACCGUCCAGAGACAGCAGAAGAAUUCGACUUCGGCAAGAAUCUUCUAGAUAAUGUCUUAGAAAUAGGUUUAAGCACAGCGCGCGCCGCCAUACACCUCGGGAGAGCUUACAAGAAUACAAAACAAGUCCUAGCACAGCUAUCGAAUAAAGAAAAUCUAAAUACCAACAUACAGAAUCAACUCGCCCGCAACAUAGAUGGCAACACUCAAGCGCUCAAUCAUCUGCAAACGUCAUUCAACAAGAAUGACAGCUCCAGUGUUACCAGCAACAACACUCAAGUUUAUACCGAUUUGGAUUGCGUUUGGUAUUUAUAUUGCAGGAAUUUGAUUGCAACUGCUAAACUGAAUGCCCCUUAUGGUACUAUGGCUAGAAUUAAUGGCUUAGCUCUGCGUAUGCUGACAGGUGAACUGUCAACAGAUCGUGCAUUCGACACAAUGCUUUACGAAGCUCUGACAGGAUGGACUGAACUCAAGUGCCAAGAUAUGUUCCCAAGAUGUAGUAAAGUGAACGCAGCAUCUGUUGUGAUGGACACAAUCGUACAAUCAACUAAAAAUAUGCUGGCAAAAAAAACCUUGAAAUAAAAUCUACUAAAAUUGUAGAAUAUUUUUUUAAAUAGCAACUUUAUGACCAGUGACUUUUAUAAGUGUUGUCAUGUUUAAAAAUAAGAUUUACAAACACAUAUUAC